GGCGCCACUGCGGGCGGGGCGGGGCGGCCAUUUUCUUGUCCGGAGAGGGAUCGGGCGUCGAAGCGGCGGCGCUGCCACAGUGUCCCGGCGUUUUCGCAGCCUCCCCCGCACUUUUUAAAAAAAACAGAUAGAAUCUUCACUCUGAAGGGUUUUGUGUGCGGGGGGGGAAGGGGGAGAAGGAGGAAGCGGGUCCGUUCUGUCUGUGUGGGGGAGAGGGAGAGGGAGAGAGUGAUCGAUCGGCCGAUCGGCGGUCCCCGCUGCGAGCCGGCGGCCAGCGUCGUCGUUGAGCGAUGGACGAGAAAGUGUUCACCAAGGAGCUGGACCAGUGGAUCGAGCAGCUGAACGACUGCAAACAGCUGACCGAGAGCCAAGUCAAGACGCUGUGCGAGAAGUCGAAAGAAAUCUUGACAAAGGAAUCAAAUGUGCAGGAGGUGCGAUGCCCUGUAACAGUUUGUGGCGAUGUCCAUGGGCAAUUUCAUGACCUCAUGGAACUUUUUAGAAUUGGAGGCAAAUCACCAGACACAAAUUAUCUUUUUAUGGGAGAUUAUGUCGAUCGAGGUUAUUAUUCAGUUGAAACAGUCACACUCCUAGUAGCUCUUAAGGUACGUUAUCGUGAACGUAUCACAAUACUUCGCGGGAAUCAUGAAAGCAGACAAAUCACACAAGUGUAUGGCUUUUAUGAUGAAUGUUUAAGAAAAUAUGGAAAUGCCAAUGUGUGGAAAUAUUUCACAGAUCUCUUUGAUUAUCUUCCGCUCACUGCCUUGGUAGAUGGCCAGAUCUUCUGUCUCCAUGGAGGUCUUUCUCCUUCCAUAGAUACACUGGAUCACAUCCGAGCGCUUGAUCGCCUUCAGGAGGUUCCACAUGAGGGACCAAUGUGUGACCUACUAUGGUCAGAUCCAGAUGACCGUGGAGGUUGGGGUAUAUCUCCCAGGGGUGCUGGUUACACCUUUGGUCAGGAUAUUUCUGAGACUUUUAACCAUGCAAAUGGCCUUACGUUGGUCUCCAGAGCACAUCAGCUGGUCAUGGAGGGUUACAAUUGGUGCCAUGAUCGCAACGUAGUAACAAUUUUCAGUGCUCCAAACUACUGUUAUCGUUGUGGUAAUCAAGCUGCAAUAAUGGAACUUGAUGACACUCUUAAAUAUUCUUUCCUGCAGUUUGAUCCAGCUCCUCGCAGAGGUGAACCACAUGUGACUCGUCGCACCCCAGAUUAUUUCCUGUAACAACUUAUGUACAGUAUUGCCAUGAAUUAAAAGGUGGCCUGGCAGAAUUGGAAGAGCAACUGUAACUCCAAAUUACUAGCACGAAUCUCAAACAUUCGGAAACUUUCUGUCUUCACGGACCAAAUGACGUGCCAUAAUAAAUGCAAACCUCAGUCUGCAAACAUCACAUUGUUCUACUUGAGCACCUGUUCAUCAAUGCAUGCUGAUGUGUCAAAAUUAUGGGUCGAGAACCGUGGUUUGAGCCUAGUUUGUAGUUACUUUUGCUUUUUCAGAGAUAAAGAUGUAAACAUUAAAACCUGCACCUCGUGAUAAUUCAUUUAGCUAUAGCAUAUCAAGCAUGAUCUGUAGAUAAACAAUAGCAGUAAACAAUCAAUGGAGCUUAAAGGAGCAUUUUAAAAUACAACGGCCUCCAUUUGUGUGAGUACUGAAAUCUUGUUUCAGGGAAUAAUGUUUAAUUUAAUUUGUCUACUGUUUCCCAUGUAUUUUUCACAAUGUCCAAUUCAAAUAAGUUGUAUGGAACAAAACUUUCCUUUUAAAGAAUCAUGGCAGGCGUCUGUGAUGUUGUUUUCCAUAAAAUUAUGAACUAAGAAUUGAAAUUUUUCAGAUUUUAAUUGUAUCAGGAUGGAAGACUUAAUGAUGCCUUUAUGUAAAAUGGUUACACUAACAUUUGAGUUUGUGUAUCAAAGGCUCCAGGUUAAAAUAAUAAAGACUGAAAAUACUCUUACAGGAUAUGUUUUUACGUUUGAGAGGAGCCUAAUGGCUAAUUUGAUUUCUUAAAUAUCCCGAUGAAAUGUGAUUAGAAUUGGGGGAAAAUGCUAACCUGGCAUAACAAUAUCUAGCAAAAAGUAACAUGAAUUCAUUGCUCAUUGACACUGUAAUUACUCUUGCAUGUGUUGUAAUUAGUUUUGAAGCACCAAGACCGUAGUCAGUAUUAUCUAAUUCCUCAUGGAUUUCUAAAACCAAAUCCGUCAGUUUUUCCUGGCAGUAAUUUAUUAAAAUCUUUGUCUUUUCUUUCAAGAUGACAAUAUUUACAUUUCAAUUUACCCAAGUCCUACGCCAUCCAAAAAAAAAAAAAAAGCCUAAUCUCGACCCAAUUAAAAUAUUUGUCUUUGUUUUCGUAGCUGUGCUCUGGGUUUACUUUUUCUGGGCCCCUGCUGGUUCUGCUUGAAAAUCCAAUUGUUGGGACCGAUGAGGUGUCAUAUUGGUUUGGUACUGUCUUGCAAUUUUAUAAAUGGAUGCGGUAAUAUUUGCUUCAAUGUGCACCUUAGUCAUUCUCUGGACAUGGGGUGCUUGUGUGUGUGAAUUCUGGCUAACAAAUAUAAGGGAGAGCUAGGCAACGCAAGGAGAAGAAAGUAUCCAUUAUAUGAUUAGGUUUAAUAAAUAACUUAAUGGGUGGCGGUUUGUGUGGAGCAUUGGUUGGCCAUGGCUUAUUUCAUAGAUGUAAGUAACUGCUUUGUGAAGUCGCUCAGAAUCUGUUUCCUAAUUUGUUCUGUUACACUAACAGAAGCAGAAGCUUUCAACGUUGAAAAGUUGAAAUUAGCCGAUCCACACUAAGUCCUUCUUGAUUACAGAUAUCUGGAGUCACUUCUGAUAAACUAACUUAGUUAUUUCUACAUUAAUGCAUGAAGAAGUGAUCUAGCAAGGAUUCUGUGUUUCAUCAAUUAAUCUUAAUAUCAAGGAAGGGGGAAAAUAAUAUUUCCGAGAGAAUUGUGUGAUCGGAUAAUAGGAUUGCUGACAUUGCCACUGAUAGUUGAAGAGAAGUAAUCCACAUUGAAAUCUUUGCUGUCUUGGUGCUCUUCAAAAUUCAUGUCCUUUUUUAUUUACUAUACUUUAUAUAAUGGCAACAGAACUUCUGAAAUGUUCUAUAGUCAGAAGUGUUCUGAAGAUACAAAAUUGGACCAGACCAGUGUGUUGACUUUAACCUCACUUUCUCCAUGGUAAAGUUUAUCCACAUUAUCGCACUGCAGUUGAGGGAACAGCUUGAACAUUUUGUCGAUCCAAAGAAUUGGAUAUCCACACUUGCUCUUUGUGGGGAGCAGUGUUUGGAAUCCAAACUAUAUUGGAAACAAAAUAGUUUGAGAUGUGCAGAACCAGAACUUUUUGAGGGCAAACACUGGACAGAAAAUAUUGGUCCCAGGGUGGACAAGGGAAGUUAUGACCUUAUAGAACUCUGUGCAUUGUAUCCUAGGAUUAUGAACUUUGUUAACUUUAGCUUUCUUGUGCAACUCUGGACCUGGCUGGUUCAGUUACUGUGACUGGUUGAACGUAAACUGAAACCACCCUCAUUUUGAUCAGUCCACUUUAUUGGUACGUUCUUCUAACCGAAUGAUGUACCUAUGAAUGUGGGUUCUAGAAGCUUGCGCAACUCCACGAGAGAUACAUUCCAGUUAUAAAGUGUGUAUUAAAAUCGAUAACCUCCAUGUAAUCUCGGCUAUAAAAAUGCAUUCGUAUAAAAUACCAUUUCACUUGGAGUUGUGUAUUAUCAUGAAAUUUUUUUAUCAGCUUUACCAGAAUAGCAAGUCUAAGUUGCUUUUCAAUAUAGUGGCCAUCCCUUUUACAGCAUUUGAUAGUGAUAAUUUACAGUUUUCAUUUUUUGUGGGACGAUAUAUCUGAAAUUUGUUGAAUCAAUAAAAAUAGACUAACGUU